UAUUAGGGUUUCGCUUAUAUUUGACAAUUUACAAAUUGACUCGAGUUUAUGAGUUCUCUGCCGGCAACAAUCAAAAAAGCGCAAAAAUAAAAACAAUGUAUAGAACAAAUAACACACGAUAAGAAGUUAAAAAUAAAAAUUUUGUCUCAAUUAAAUUGGAUAAAUUUUGAGAAGUUGAUUUCAAUUGAAUAGAUUUUACCAAAAGUUUAUAUCUAAAAUAUAUAAAUAUAUUUGUUUGGUUUAAUGAAACUACUGAAACCAAGCUGGGUACAUCAUGACGAUAAACCAAUAUUCUCCGUCGAUGUACACCAGGAAUGCCUCAAAUUUGCCACUGGUGGCCAAGGACUGGAUUCAGGGCGUGUCGUGAUAUGGAAUUUACUGCCGGUAUUAUCAGAAAAGAUUGAGCAGGAUGAAAGCGUACCAAAGAUGCUUUGCCAAUUGGACAAUCAUUUGGCUUGCGUAAAUUGCGUACGUUGGUCACCAAAUGGGCAAAUGCUAGCGUCUGGUUCAGAUGACAAAUUAGUUAUGAUUUGGAAAAUGUCCAAGGGACCCAGUGGAGUGUUUGGUAGUGGUGGUCUUCAAAAAAAUGCGGAAUCAUGGAAAUGUGCAGCAACUCUCCGCGCACAUUCAGGCGAUGUUCUAGACUUGGCGUGGUCACCAAAUGAACGAUGGUUAGCCAGUUGUAGUAUUGACAACACCAUUAUAAUCUGGGAUGUACAGUCAUUUCCCAAUAUGGUUACUACGUUACGUGGACAUUCUGGUUUGGUGAAAGGGGUUGCUUGGGACCCACUAGGCAAAUUUUUGGCAUCACAAAGUGAUGAUCGCAGUGUUAAAAUGUGGAAGACAUGUGAUUGGAGUUGCAGUAGCACCAUCACGGAACCAUUUAAAGGUUGUGGUGGUACGACUCACAUACUACGACUAUCUUGGUCGCCAGACGGUUUAUAUUUGGUGUCGGCACAUGCUAUGAACGGAGGUGGUCCUACAGCACGCAUUAUUGAACGCGAAGGAUGGAAAUGCGACAAGGAUUUUGUAGGGCACAGAAAAGCCGUAACAUGUGUUCGGUUUCAUGAUUCGGUUUUAACACGACAAGCGUCCAACGCAGACCGAAAACUACAGUACUGUUGCAUGGCGAUGGGAUCAAGAGAUCGUUCGCUGUCAGUAUGGAUGACAGCUCUUAAUCGUCCUUUAGUAGUUAUACAUGAUUUAUUUAGCGACAGUAUUUUAGAUCUUUCUUGGGGCCCAGCCAAGUGCAUUCUCAUGGCAUGUAGCGGAGAUGGAACAGUUGCUUGCUUACAAUUUUCUGAAAGUGAGUUAGGCACACCAGUCUCAGACGAAGAAAAGAAUUCAUUGUUCCAAAAAACAUAUGGCAAAAGCGUAACUAUUGAGAAUGGAUCCACAGGUACAGCAGACAUACUCAUUGAAAAUCCAGAACUUCUCAGGGAUGCGCACGAAAAGCCUAAAGCUCCUACACUGCCUACAGCAAACCCCACCAGCAAUAAUGCUAUCACAUCUCAACCAACAGUGCCAAUUGGAACUUCAAACGGACUUAUUGAUUCAUCUGCUCCUGCUUUAUGUGUAAGCGGAAGCGAAGAAACAACGACUAACUUUAAUGCACUUAGAAAACAAACAGAAACACGAACUGCAGACGGCAAACGUCGUAUUACUCCAGUAUUUGUAGCACUGAGUCAAGAUGUCCCUGAAUCAAAAAGCGAACAAGACACUCCUUCGAAAUCUUGGAAUACGAUCAAUUCAUUAACAACACCAGCUGAGGUAGCAUCAAGCGAAAUGAAUCCAUCCCAAAUGGGCGCGUUUGCGAAGCCUAUGAUAACCGAAGCACAAGAAAUAUGCUUGGAUGCGAGGCUUAUUAAAACUACUUUAUCGGCUGCCAAAUUGCAGCCACUGAAGGCCGAAAAUAGUUCAGUAAAGACUUUUCCGCUCAUUGUUACUACAAAGCCAUCUGCAAACUCGAGUACUGGUCCAUCAGCUGUAACAACUAAUCCAUUACUCACAGGAGUUAAACCAUAUCAAGCCUCCACAACUGGUCCCAAAUUGAUUAUAAACCUAAACACAAAAUGUGAAUUUCAAAAAACUGCCUUAGACCACAGAGUUCAUGUUCACAAUGGGUACCUAAGUGCUGGCAGUGGCCUACUAGCCAAAGUUACUGGUUACAAUAUAGUCAGACCAACACAAAUAGAGAAACUUUGGGAAAUUUUAGUAGGUUCCCCAAUUGUCAAUUUGAAUUUCUGCCAUAAAUACGCUAUGUUAUGUAGUUUGGAUGGAACAUUACGCUUAGUUGAUAUGGACACAGGCAAAGCAAAACUUCCGGUCAUAAGUUUAAGCACAGCGGCGGUGCAGUGUGCCUUUUGUCCCAGUGGUCGCUUAGUUGGUGUUGUGACAGAUUGCGGCAUUUUGAGAAUUUGGCACAUUGAGGAACGACGAAUUUUUUUAGCGGUGACCUGCCAUGAAAUCGGAGGAAAACUCGGUACCGUUGUACAAUUUGUAAUCACGGAGGACGGGGUGCCAAUGAUUUUAUUUUCCAAUGGCAAUGCUUAUUCUUAUUCCGAGCAGUUGCAAUCUUGGCUUGUACUUAGCACUAAGGAUCCUUUAAUCAGACAUGGACUACAAACAACGAUCCCUAAGGAUUUUCAAAAAAAUUACUUUUCGUAUCCACUCAUCUCGACUCAAGCUGCAACCAACACAUUUGCUUCUAAGAGCACUUCCGUAGACAUGAAUAUAAAUGACUGGCAAUCUAGUGCGAAAAUAAGCUUCAUAGAGAACCAGAUUAUGUUAUCGGAAGCCAUCAACUCUUCUCACGAAUUGAUAUUCUGGUAUAAUAUGUACGCAUAUCAGCUGGCAAUAAGUGGAACGGAGCAAAAUUUACGAUUACUACUUGAUGAUUUGCUGGGUCCGUCGCCACUAAACGUUACACACGAACACAAAAUACUGUCUGUGCCAAAGCACCAACUGCUGGCAAAUGUACUGGAUGUACUUAAAACGCACAUAAAGUGGCAACGCUUAUACAUGGAAUACAAUGAGCUGUUCCAGUUUUGUUCCAAGACGAGAACUGUUGUCGCUAGUAUGGAUACCGAUGCCGUUAUGGCAACACCACAAAUAAAUGCAGAGACGGAAUCAUGUGCUUCGAAGCCAGAGAAGAAUAGUGCUUCGAUAUAGGCUCUAAGAUGCCAGUGUUAUUAAAAAUUUAAUGCAAGAAAAAACUAACGACUGCCCAAAAGUUAAAUAGUAUUUAAAUUGCUUUUGUCAACAGGCAUGUGGACGUUUUUUAUUGUAUAUAAAA